AUCAUUAUCACGAACUCACCUUACUGUGAGAAAAACCUCUUUGUCUCGUUCUCUCUCCGUGUGUGUUAGGAAGAUAAGGGAUAAACGAUGUCGUAUGUGCCUCCACACCUGAGAAACGGGAGCUCAACCACCGUGGCUACCCUAGACAAUCACAACCACCACCAUCACACAAAGCUCGCAUUUCCCUCCUCAAACUCUCACUCCAAUGACAACAACUACAACAACAACUCUCUCACUUCGUCUCUCUCCAACGCCUCUCGCCGGAGUUCCGUCGCUCCUCCGCCGUCCCGGAUUCUCGCCGUCCCCGACCCCGUCAUCCCUCACUGGCAACCCUCUGAGCGCGUUUCCCGCAUGAACCCCGACCAGAUUGAAGAAGUCCGCUUGCGGCUUAAUCUUGAUGUUACUAUUGCAUCUGACUCUCCUGCUGCACCUGCACCAAUUGAAUCAUUUACUGAUAUGUGUUUGCACCCAAGUAUCAUGAAGGAUAUUGCUUAUCAUGAAUACACUAGGCCAACUUCUAUCCAGGCACAGGCCAUGCCAGUUGCUCUCAGUGGAAGGGAUCUAUUGGGUUGUGCUGAAACGGGUAGUGGGAAGACUGCAGCUUUCACAAUUCCUAUGAUACAGCAUUGCUUGGCCCAACCUCCAAUUCGGCGCAAUGACGGUCCCAUGGCAUUAAUUUUGGCUCCUACUAGAGAACUUGCUCAACAAAUAGAAAAAGAGGUUAAAGCUUUUAGCAGAUCUCUCGAGUCAUUGAAAACUGCCAUAGUUGUGGGUGGAACUAACAUUGAAAAGCAGAGGUCUGAACUAAGAGCAGGGCUUGAAAUAGUGGUUGCCACUCCUGGAAGAUUUAUUGAUCACUUACAACAAGGCAAUACUUCCCUCUCUAGAAUUUCUUUUGUUGUUCUAGACGAGGCAGAUAGAAUGCUUGAUAUGGGUUUUGAACCACAGAUAAGAGAGGUAAUGAGAAGUCUUCCAGAGAAGCAUCAAACAUUGCUGUUUAGUGCAACUAUGCCUGAGGAGAUUGAAGCAUUAGCAAAAGAGUAUUUAGCUAGCCCUGUACAGGUGAGGGUGGGAAAAGUCAGUAGCCCAACAACUAAUGUUUCACAAACUCUUGUGAAGGUUUCUGAAGAUGAGAAGAUUGAUCGGCUUCUAGAUUUGCUUGUAGAGGAGGCAUCACAGGCUGAAAAGUGUGGUCAUCCAUUUCCAUUAACAAUUGUGUUUGUUGAGAGAAAGACAAGGUGUGACGAAAUUGCUGAAGCAUUGGUAGCUCAAGGAUUAUCUGCAGUUUCUCUUCAUGGUGGCCGCAGUCAGAGUGAAAGAGAGGCUGCCCUGCAAGAUUUUCGGAGUGGCUCCACCAGCAUUUUGGUUGCUACUGAUGUCGCAUCUCGGGGAUUGGAUGUCACAGGAGUGUCGCAUGUCAUCAAUCUAGAUCUUCCAAAGACCAUGGAAGAUUAUGUACACCGAAUUGGAAGGACAGGGCGUGCGGGAUCAACCGGCCUAUCUACUUCCUUUUACACUGAUCGUGACAUGUUCCUUGUGGCAAAUAUAAGGAAAGCAAUAGCUGAUGCUGAAUCUGGGAACAGUCCGGCGUUUGCAACUGGAAAGGUUGCUAGAAGGAAGGAGAAAGAAGCGGCAGCUGCACAAAAAGAGGCAAAUAUCGCCUUAUCCAAGCACUUGGGAUCGGGAUCUGCUUCCAUUAACAUCGAAGAUAAGUAUAAAUUCAUGAUCACUCCUUCAAACUUUAAAGGAGAGGGCGCAGCAGAUAGUGCCUGGGAUGAUUGAUGACAAUUGCCAAAGCCUUCAAGGUUGGUUGCUUCUUAGAUGCUGUGGAGAUGGACAAGUUUCUAGUUUUGCAAGUUUACGUAUUAUCUCUCACUGUUGUUCUAGCUAGCUCACUUGUAACAAGUAGCUUGCUAGACAGACGCAUUGUACAGUUAUAUAGGUAAUGCAUCUUAUGUAAUACUAGAAACGCAUGUUUUCUUUAUAUUUGUGUUGCGGCAAAUGUGCCUGUAUUCCUACAGGUAUUUCCGCAUCAUCGAAUGUAUAUCCAGCUUUGUGUAUUCCACUUCCAUGUUUAAUUUCUUUUUUUAGCACUUUUACGCAUUUUAGAAUACCCACGAAAAUGUGGUAAUUGUUUUUUAUUCAUGUA